GACGAAUUCACUCAAUAAAUAGAAAUUAUAUAUAUUCCAUGUCACAAAAGUCAAAUGUAAGUAAUAUACCAGCUAGGGGACUACUUAUUCUUAUUCCCAACUUCAAAGGCCCGUUGACGAAACAAGACGAUGAAGAGAGCAGCAGACAUAGCUAUGAUUUUCAUUGGUUUGAUAGUAAUUCUACAAAUAGCAACAAAAGCAGACGCGGCGGCCAGAUCCCAAAUCAUCAGACAGAUUUGUGAUAAUCAGUUAGAGAACAAUCAAACUCAAUUCGUCCCAAACUUUGUCAAAACAACGGAUUUGCUUGGUGCUGAAAUACGAAGCUCAUUUAUUGGAACAGCCCAUGUGGGUACUGGACCCGAUACCAACUAUGGGCUAGCCCAAUGUUACGGUGAUCUUACUACAGAAGACUGCAUCUUAUGCUACGCUGAAGCUCGAACUGUUCUUCCCAGUUGCUAUCCCAAAAACGGUGGGCGAAUUUUCCUUGAUGGUUGCUUUUUACGGCUCCAAAACUAUAGCUUCUACGAAGAGGAUUUAGGGCCCAAUGACAUUUUUAUCUGUGGGAAGACAACAAACAAUAAUAGAUUGUUUGGAAAUACAGUAACGCGUGCAGUGACUAACGCUGCAACGGAUGCGUCAAGAAGGAAUGAGUAUUUUGGCAGGGAGCAGAUGCAGGUGCCUAAUACUAGAAAUGAGUAUGUAUACGUACUUGCAGACUGCUGGAGAACUUUGAAUCAAAGCUCUUGUAAGUCAUGUUUGCAGAAUGCAUCCGCAACGAUAUUGAAAUGCUUGCCCACAUCUGAGGGUCGUGUAUUGAACACGGGCUGUUUCAUGAGGUAUUCUGACACCAAUUUCCUCAACCCUCUAGCAAUCACGAGCAGCUCUAGCCAACGAGGAAAGAUCAUAGCUAUAGUUGUUUCCGUUGUUAGUUCUGUGACGGUUUUAACAGUGGCUGUAAUGAUUGCAUUAUGUAUUUAUAAACGAAAAUAUAUACAGAAGAAAAGAAAAGGUUCUUUUAUCGAUGCCAAGAAACUUGCAAAGAUACUUAACGACAGUAGAUUAAACUUCAAAUACUCCACUCUUGAUAAAGCCACAGAAAACUGGAGUGAGUCCAAUAAGAUCGGGCAAGGAGGAUUUGGGACUGUCUACAAGGGGGUUCUCCCAGAUGGACGCGAAAUAGCUGUGAAGAGGCUUUUCUUCAACAAUAGAUUCAGAGCAGCAGAUUUUUACAAUGAAGUUAACAUGAUUAACAGUCUUGAACACAAAAAUCUGGUCAGACUAUUAGGAUGCAGCUGUUCAGGACCUGAAAGCCUUCUUGUAUAUGAAUAUUUACCCAACAUGAGCCUCAACCUCUUCAUUUUUGGGGAUGAAACAAAGCGAAAGACCUUAAAUUGGGAGAAAAGGUUUGAUAUUAUCAUUGGUACAGCAGAAGGCCUGGUUUACCUUCAUGAGAAUUCAAAAACCCGUAUUGUUCAUAGGGAUAUUAAAGCUGCUAACAUCUUGCUGGAUUUGAGAUUUCGAGCUAAAAUAGCUGAUUUUGGGCUUGCCAGAUCUUUUCAAGAUGAUAAGAGUCACAUUAGCACCGCCAUUGCAGGAACACUUGGAUAUAUGGCUCCAGAGUACCUAGCCCAUGGUCAAUUAACCGAAAAGGCAGAUGUCUAUAGUUUUGGUGUCUUACUGAUGGAGGUAGUCACUGGAAUGGAAAACAGCAGAAAUGAAACCACAGAAUAUACCGACAGCUUAGUGUCUAUUAUAUGGAAGCAUUUCAAGCGAGGGACAGUAGCAGAAGUUUUCGACCCGAAUCUAAUGAUGCAUGUUUACCCUAACAUAAAUUUCCAAAAGGAUGCCUUAAAAGUGAUACACAUCGGACUACUUUGCAUUCAAGAAGAUCCAUCUUUAAGACCAUCCAUGCCAAAGGCACUUAGAAUGUUAGCAAAUGAUGAUGAACUGCUACCUGUCCCCUCUAAUCCUCCUUUUAUAAACGAGGAAACGAUGGAAUUCAACAUUACACAAAAGUUAUUGGGUGACGAUGAUUCUAGCUCAGUUGCCACGAUUUCCCAUGACCUUUUUUACCCAAGGUGAAACCAGCAGAAUUAGAUGUUGGUUAUGCAUGCAAACAAGAAUUUACUGUUUUCUUUAUAUAGCUUCUCAAAUUUUGGUUGAAUGGCUACCAUCCCCUUGCUUUUGGUCAUUUUUGGUUUGUUUUGGCCAUAGCACAUGCCAAGUUGUAAUUAGGUGUGGUGUUGCCAAAACUUUGGUACACUGCAACCACAUCCUUCACCCUAUGACCACUUUCAGUGGUGACGUAAGUCAUUACUAAUCAAUUUGUCACGCCACAUUUUUAGAAAACCUGCGAACAAUACCUAAAUCUUCUCCAUCA